AUGAGCAGCGGCGACGGCAAUCAGGCCGGCGGCGCGGGUCGAGGAGGAGGAGGGGGAGGAGGAGGAGGACCCGUGCCGUCUUCGGGAUUUCCGUCUGCCGGCCGGCCCAUGGGCAUGGGCGCGCCGCCGUCCACGUCAGGCUAUGCGAGCGCGCCUCCGCCUCCCAUGGGGAUGCGAGCCAUGCCCCCGCCAGGCAUGCCAAUGCAUCACUUCAUCUUCAUGCGCCCACCCCCGGGAGCCCCAAUGCACCACUUCCGCCCGCCCCCCGGCGCCUCCCCCCUCCCUUUCCCCUUCCCGGGAAUGCCCCGCGCGCCCAGCCCCUUCCCCCACGCGCUGGCGCGUCCGCCCUCCCUCCCCCCGCCCAACAUGCGCCUCCCCGCGCCCCCGCACGGGGGAGGCGCGCCUCUGAGCUCGUUUCUGGCUGCUGCUGCGUUGAGGGGAGGGGCAGGCGCGGGGGGAACUGGGGGAGCGGGGGGGGAGAAGGCGCAGACGACUGUGUAUGUGGGGAAGCUCGCGCCCUCUGUUGAUGACACGCUGGUGGUUAAGCUGCUGGAGCUGUGCGGGCCGCUGAGGAGCUGGAAGCGGGCGGCGGACCCCACGAGCGGCAGUCCCAAGGGGUUUGGGUUCUGCGAGUUUGAGACGGCUGAUGGGGUGCUGCGCGCCCUGCGCCUGCUCAACCGCCGCCAGAUCGAUGGGCAGAACCUGCUGUUGAACGUGAAUGCAGCCACGAGGGAGUACCUAGAGCGGGUGGUAACUUCCAGGAAAGCCUCCUUUGCCGCCCUCGAAGCUUCCCGGAAAGGGGUGGCUGAUCAGGGCAGGAAGGCUGGAGGGGAGGGUGGGGCCGACGGGGAAAAGGCGAAUGGGAAGGACGAGACGAGUGAGGAGGCUGAUGGGGUGAAGGCAGGGGAAGCGGGAGGGGAGGCGAAGAAAGAUGAGGAGGGGAAGGGAGGGAGCAAGGAAGAGGGCAAGGAUGAGAAGGAUGAGGAGGGAGAGGAGAAGGAAGAGGAGGAGAGGAGGAAGGAGGAGGAGGAGGAGGCGAAGGUGUUUGGGCUGGUGACGCCUGAAGAUAAGGACAAGGAUGAGGCUGCUCUGGCGAAGCUUAAUGGCAUGCUGCAGGAGAGGGCGAAGCUGCUGCCACCACCACCGCCACCGCCUCUCAAGGAUGCGAGCAAGGAGAAUGACACGUCUGCUGCUGGUGGGUGCUGUGCUUGUGUCGAGGAGGAGGAGGAUGCGAGGGACAGGGAGAAGGAGGAGAGGGAGAGGGAGGAGGCGAAGGAGAGGGAGGAGCAGCAGAGGAGGGAGGCAGUGGCGUUUGUGAGCGAGGUGGUGGGGGAGGCCAGUGUGCUGCUGGGAGGCCAAGCUGCUGGUGCAGCAGGUGCGGAGGCAGCAGCACCGGGGGGUAUGGCGGGUGAUGAAGGUGGGGUGGGUGGUGCAGACGGAAUUGGAGCAGGCGGGUUGAUCAAGAGCGAAGCGACCAAUGGUCUCGCAGACCUCCUGCCGUCCCUCCACCCGCCUUCUGCCGCUCCUAUUGCAGCGGCUGGUUCCCCUGGAGGGGCGCAGGCAGGGCAGGUGGCGGGAAGCGAGGGAGCAGGGGGGUCGCAGCAGGGAGGGAGGGGCAGGGAGUCGGAGGUGGAUGCGCUGGUGCGAGCCGUGGCUGCCCAUGCCAAGGACAGAGAGGGUCGAGCAGCACCCGCACCGUCCAAGAAGUCGCGCACGCUGGCAUCGGUGUUCGGGGCAGAGGAGGACGAGGAGGAGCUGGCACGCAAGAAACUUCGCCCUCUCGUUCCCAUCGACUAUGACGAUGGGGGUAGCGAUGGUGCUGCUGGCACUGCUGCUGCUGCUGCCGGUGGUGGUGGGCAUGGGGGUUCCUCUCUCGCCCCCCCAGCUGCUGCUGCUGCUGCUGCUGCUGCUGGUGCAGGAGGUCUGGCGGCCAGCAUUGCUGCGGCGGCUGAGUUUGCCAAGCGACUGUCGCAGGGAGGCGGGGCGGGCAAGGAGGAGGAGAGGAGGAGGAGCGGAGGGGGAGAGGCGGGUGCAGGUGGGGGAGAGAAGGCGAAGGCGAGACCGAAGGCGGUGGUGGAUGUGAAGUCGCUGAUCGACUCCAUUCCCAAGAGCAAGGACGAGCUCUUUGCCGUUCCCAUCAACUGGACCGUCUAUGAUGAGAGCGCCCUGCACCAGCGCAUGCGGCCGUGGGUGGCACGGAAGAUCCGGGAGUUCCUGGGGGAGCCCACGCUGGGCUCGUCGACUUCCCCUCACCACCCUCACCCGUUCCCCGCCCUGCACCAGCGCAUGCGGCCGUGGGUGGCACGGAAGAUUCAGGAGUUCCUGGGGGAGGAGGAGCCCACCCUGGUGGACUUCAUUCUCUCCAAGACGCAGCAGCACGUGGGCGGGGCGGCGCUGCUGGGGCUGCUGGAGCCGAUACUGGACGAGGAGGCGGAGAUGUUUGUUCUCAAGAUGUGGCGCAUGCUCAUCUUUGAGAUCAGGCGCGUUGAGAUGGGGCUCACUGGGAAGGCUGGCGCUAAGUAG